UCAGUGGGCUUGAUCUGCAGGAGACACUCCAAUAUGAUACUUCUGUUUACAGCUGCAUUUACCAUCCUGGCACUCUCCUCCCUGGACCAGGUGGAUUGUUCAGCGUAUGACAAGAUAGUCACACACAGUCGCAUCAGGGCUAAGAAUGAAGGGCUCAACGUGUGCGCUUUACAACAGGUCAUGGGGACCAAAAAAAAGUACUUCAGCACAUGCAGAAACUGGUACAAGAAAUCCAUCUGCGGCAAGAAGGCUAUGGUUUUAUAUGAAUGCUGCCCUGGUUAUAUGAAGCUAGACGGAAAGCGUGGGUGCCCAGCAGUGACCCCCAUUGACACAGUUUAUGGGACUCUGGAUCUGGUCGAUGCCAAGCUCACCAAGCAGUACUCGGAGAAGUCCGAAGUGAAGGAAGAAAUCGAGGCUGAUGGUACCUACACGAUGUUCGCACCCAGCGAUGAUGCCUGGGAAACGUUAGAUCCAGUUUUGAAAGCUCCUUUGUUGGGCAAUGGAGCCAUUGAACUUUACAACACUCUCCACCAUCACAUGGUCAACAAACGACUUCUCACCAAAGACCUGAAGAAUGAUAUGACCAUAGAGUCCAUGUACAACAAUCAAGGGCUCCUUAUCAAUCACUACUCCAAUGGAGUAGUCACUGUGAAUUGUGCCAGGAUCAUUCACGGCAACCAAGUGGCCACUAACGGAGUCGUGCACGUCAUCGAUCGGGUCAUUAGCAUCGUGGAACAAUCGAUAAAGGAUGUGAUCGAAAACAAUGAUGAGCUUACUUCACUGAACACAGCUGCCUUGGCAUCGGGUCUGCUGGACCAACUGGGUGAGCCUGGACACUACACAUUGUUUGCUCCAACCAAUAAAGCUUUUGAGAAGCUAGACAGAGAGGUGCUGGAGAGACUGUUGGGUGACAAAAGCUUGCUUCAGGUGCUUUUGAAGUACCACACCCUGAACUCAGUCCAGUGCUCAGAGGCCAUUAUGGCGGGCUCCAUCUACGAGACCCUUGAGGGUAGUAACAUUGAGAUCGGGUGUGAUGGCGAGAGCCUCACAGUCAACGGGAUCAAGAUGGUUCUAAAGAAGGACAUCGUCACCAGAAAUGGUGUCAUUCAUCUGAUAGACCAGGUUCUUAUGCCUGACUCAGCCAAGCAGGUGAUUGAGCUCAUUGGCACAUCUCAAAGCUUCUUCAAGGACAUGGUGUCGGAACUUGGCCUUUUUGCCGCCAUGCAGGCUAAAACUGAAUAUACAGUUCUCGCACCGCUCAACGGCGCCUUCACUGAAGAGGUGAUGUCCAUGGACGAGCGUCUCUUAAAGAUUAUCCUGGAAAACCACAUCCUGAAAUUCAAGAUUUCUCUGAGCGAGCUUUACAACGGCCAGUUGCUUGAGACCAUAGGAGGAAAACUACUGAGAGUCUUCAUUUAUCGCACGGCUGUGUGUAUUGAGAACGCGUGUAUGGUGAGGGGCAGCAAGGAGGGCAGUAAUGGAGCCCUGUUUCUCAUGAGGUCUCUGAUCCAUCCACCCCAGACAACCAUCUAUGACCUGCUUUUAAAAGACGGACGCUUCAAAAUCUUCCUGACUCUGAUGGAGAGCGCCAAACUGACAGAUCUAUUGAAACAGGAGGGAUCAUACACUGUCUUUGCGCCCAUCGAUGAAGCCUUUAGAGGCCUGUCAGAAGCAGACCUCAAUCUUCUGAAGAGUGAUGUCAACACCCUGACGACAAUCCUGCUUUACCAUUUUAGCAAAGGUGUCUUUAUUAAUGGAGGGCUGGAAGGUGGAGUGACUAACCUUCUCAAAACCAUGCAGGGUAACAACCUUCAAGUGCUGUCUAUUAACAACUCCAUCCAUGUGAACUCAGUGGACGUUCCAGAUUUUGAUCUCAUGGCAUCUAAUGGAGUGGUUCAUGUAGUGAAGACCAUAUUAUAUCCUAAAGAUCUGCCAGUUGGCCGUGAAGACAUAUUGAUUCUGCUGAACAGACUCAUCAAAUACAUGCAGCUCAAGUUUGAAUCCGGAUUCACCUACCAAGAGAUUCCACUCACAUUCAUCAAAAGGACUAAAACCACAACUCAUGUCAUUGAGAAAGGUCCUGAGAUCACGUUGAUUGACAAGGAACCAUCUGUGACCAAAGUUACCAGAGUCAUCGAAAAGAAUCCUGGUGGUGCUAAUGUGCUGAUAGAGGGGGAGACUACAAAAGUGACCAGGGUCAUCGAGGGCCAGCUACCGGUUACUACUGUCACCAGAGUCAUUGAAUCUGGACCUGUAGCUGAACACAUUGUAAUUGAAGGGGAGCCCAGUAUAACCAAACUUACACGAGUGGUUGAAAGAGAACCCAGUAUCACCAAAGUUACACGAGUGAUUGGAGAAGAACCCAAUAUCACCAAAGUUACACGAGUGGUUGAAAGAGAGCCCAAUAUCACCAAAGUUACACGAGUGGUUGAAGGAGAACCUAGUAUCACCAAAGUUACAAGGGUGAUCGAAGGGAAGCCAUCAAUUACAAAGGUCACAAGGGUCAUUGAAGGUCAUAGUGCCUCCUCUGAUGGUGAACUUGACUCUGAUGAUGAAAUCAAGAAAAUCGUGGGUGAAGAUGUAGUCAAGAUGAGGACAUUUUUGGAUGGCGAGGUACUAAGUCUCCAGGACGAAGAUAUCAAAAAAAUCUCUGACGCGAUCACUGCUGGAGGUGGAGGAGGCAUUACUACUAUAACCCGACUAGUCAAACAACAACCUCAGAUUGUUAAAGGUGAAGGAGUCACCACCUUUACCAGAGUAAUUAAACCACAAUCUGAGAUUGAAGGUGGGGCGGGUCACACUACUUUUACCAGAACAAUCAAUCCGGAGCCUCAGAUUAUUGAAGGACCAGAUUUCUCAAAGAUUGAAUCUUUCAAUGGAAAUCAAGGUCUCAUUGAUGCAGAGUCAGAGAAAAUCACCAGAAUCAUCAAGGAGGGUCGUUCAAAAAAGAGAGCUGCCGUAAGACAACCACAACCAGGAGCAAGGAGAAGAAUGAGACUGGUUAGGCGUCGCCCCAAACCCCCACAGUGAGGGUGUUGAGACCAACCAAAUGGAUGCUACAGGAUAAUGACAUGCAGGGUUAUAAAACCACAGUGUGUUUGACCAAGAAAUACACAUUUGUUACAAACCACAUACAACAUUUACAAAUUACAAACCAAAAUCUUGGACUUGUGUGAUGUACACCCCUUCAACAACACAGAUAAGGGGGAAUUGAAAUGGUGAUGGUUUUAAAAAGAGAAAUGGUUAGAUUUUUAUGUUGUUUAUAUUUUUAUUUUAAAUACAUUCUUUUUGAACCGUGUGAAGAGCCUUUUCAUUAAGCUUGUCAUGCACAUAUGAUUUUUGGUGCUCGCAUUCAAAGACAUGAAUGCAUUUUUAUUUGUAUGGAAUAGCAAAGCUUUGCCUGUUUUUACUGAGUUUUCAUAAAGUCAUACAGCUUGUGACUUUGUUUUACAGUACGCCUGUUACUCAGUUGGUUACUGAUGGAGUUCACUUUUCCCUCAAACUGUCAUUUUUCUUCUCGGCUAGACAAGACUGUCUAUUUGUACAAAUAAAACAAGUUUUUACUUAAAACAA